AUGAAGCGGGGCGGGGCGGACCCCUCCGCGAUGGCGUCGUCGCCGCCGCCGCCGCCCGCAACGGCGUUCAAAAAAGGCGAGAAACGUGACUUUAGGUACCCGAGCGAAAAAUGCGCCGCGCGGCAGCUGCGCCUUGCCUUCCCCGACGAGGACGCGGAGACGGUGGAGGAGCUCGCCCACCUCGUCUCGGCGCGGCGGCACACCAUCGAGGAGGCCGUGGACUUCCUGCAGGACCAGGAGCGCUCCAGGAAGGCGGCCGCCAGCAACAGCCCCAACGCCGUCGCCCGCGCGAGGAGCGGCGCCAACGCGCGGGGUCUUGCGGGGGCCGCACGAGACGGAGGACGCGAGGAGGACGCGCGCGGCGGCGGUGGGAGGCGGGGGACGUCCGCUGGGCGCAGCAACGCCCCGCCGGCGAGCGCGCUCCGCCCGCACUGGGAUGGAUCCGCCUCAAGGCCGCCGUCUAUUCUCGUCUCCCACCCCACGAAGCCGGCGCCGGCGCGGGCAAACGCGCCCGUUCAUCACUUCGGCGGCGGCACCACUACCCAGCAGUCAAGCACAGGCCACGGCGACCUCAGUGCGAGGGCGAAUGCGCUUGUGGAGGACGGGGAGCGGCGUUGCCACCCCGCCACUCCCUCCCCGAUUUUGUCCCCCGCCCCGUCGCCGCACUCGGGCACUGCGUCUCCUCCUUCGUCUUCUGCUUCUGCUGCGGGGGAGGCCGCGACGGCGGUGCUCUUCACGACCACCAUGACGGGCGACCGCAGGGUCCGUGACCACUGCCGUCAGAUAGGGACCCUCUUGUACCUGAAACGCGUGCAGUACGACUCGGUGAAUCUGGCGGACGACCCUGUACUGCAGCGCCGUCUGCGUGAGAUGUACGCGGCAUCCACAGGCCAGCACGUGCGGCCGCCCAUUCCGGCAUUUUUUGUUGGCGAGCACUUCAUUGGCGGCUACGAGGCGCUGCAGGAGAUGGAGGACGACGGGGUGCUGAUGGAGACGCUGUACCGCCGCGGUUACCCGCGGCCCCUGAGUGAGGCCCCGAGGGCGCAGGAGUAA